AUGAAUAUAGAAACAAAGAAGCAGCACAGACCUAGACCUAGACCUAGACCUGGACCUGGACCUGGACCCAGCUGUGUGUCCAUGGAGAGCGAUCGGUCCAUGUUUGAACCAAUAUAUUUUAAACAUGGACAACCAGCUGAUGGAAGGAUCCAUCAGAGACCAGAAUCUCCUGGACCUGAACCCAGCUGUGUGUCCAUGAAGAGCGACCGGUCAUAUGACUUUAUCAUUAAUUUUAAAGGAGGACGUCCAUCAGCUGAUCAGAUAGUGGACCAGGAGAGCUCAGAGGUUCCCAGUGGUCAGUCUGCCCAGCAGCAUCAAACACACCUGGACUCCAUAUUUAUGCUGCUGGAGGAGAACAUCGUCACUUUUGUGAAGAACGAGUUGAAGAAGAUGCAGAAGCUUCUGAGUCCAGAUUACCCAGAAUGCUUAGAGAGUCAGAGGGAGGAUGAGGAGGUGUUGGACGGUGAGGAGGAAGAGCAGAGGAGGAGCAGCAGAGAGGCAUUUCUGAAGAUCACACUGCACUUCCUGAGGAGAAUGAAGCAGGAGGAGCUGGCUGACUGUCUGCAGAGCAGAACUGGUGCUGAAAAGUGUCGACGUAAACUCAAGUCUAACCUGGAGAAGAAGUUCCAGUGUCUGUUUGAGGGGAUCGCUAAAGCAGGAAACCCAACCCUUCUGAAUCAGAUCUACACACCGCUCUACAUCACAGAGGGAGGGACUGCAGAGGUCAAUGAUGAACAUGAGGUCAGACAGAUUGAAACAGCAUCCAGGAAACCAGACAGACCAGAAACAACAAUCAGACAAGAAGACAUCUUUAAAGCCUCACCUGGAAGAGAUGAACCAAUCAGAACAGUGAUGACAAAGGGAGUGGCUGGCAUUGGGAAAACAGUCUUAACACAGAAGUUCACUCUGGACUGGGCUGAAGACAAAGCCAACCAGGACAUACACUUCACAUUUCCAUUCACUUUCAGAGAGUUGAAUGUGGUGAAAGAGAAAAAGUACAGCUUGGUGGAACUUGUUCAUCACUUCUUUACUGAAACCAAAGAAGCAGGAAUCUGCAGGUUUGAAGAGUUCCAGGUUGUGUUCAUCUUUGAUGGUCUGGAUGAGUGUCGACUUCCUCUGGACUUCCACAACACUGAGAUCCUGACUGAUGUUACAGAGUCCACCUCAGUGGAUGUGCUGCUGACAAACCUCAUCAGGGGGAAACUGCUUCCCUCUGCUCGCCUCUGGAUAACCACACGACCUGCAGCAGCCAAUCAGAUCCCUCCUGAGUGUGUCGGCAUGGUGACAGAGGUCAGAGGGUUCACUGACCCACAGAAGGAGGAGUACUUCAGGAAGAGAUUCAGAGAUGAGGAGCAGGCCAGCACCAUCAUCUCCCACAUCAAGACAUCACGAAGCCUCCACAUCAUGUGCCACAUCCCAGUCUUCUGCUGGAUCACUGCUACAGUUCUGGAGGAUGUGUUGAAAAGCAGAGAGAGAGGAGAGCUGCCCAAAACCCUGACUGAGAUGUACAUCCACUUCCUGUUGGUUCAGUCCAAACUGAAGAACAUCAAGUAUGAUGGAGGAGCUGAGACAGAUCCACACUGGAGUCCAGAGAACAGGGAGAUGAUUGAGUCUCUGGGAAAACUGGCUUUUGAGCAGCUGCAGAAAGGCAACCUGAUCUUCUAUGAAUCAGACCUGACAGAGUGUGGCAUCGAUAUCAGAGCAGCCUCAGUGUGCUCAGGAGUGUUCACACAGGUCUUUAAAGAGGAGAGAGGGCUGUACCAGGACAAGGUGUUCUGCUUCGUCCAUCUGAGUGUUCAGGAGUUUCUGGCUGCUCUUCAUGUCCAUCUGACAUUCAUCAAGUCUGGAGUCAAUCUGCUGGCAGAACAAACAACAUCCAGGUGGUCUAAAGUCUUUAAAGACAAACCUGAACCAACAUGUUUCUACCAGAGUGCUGUGGACGAGGCCUUAAAGAGUCCAAAUGGACACCUGGACUUGUUCCUCCGCUUCCUCCUGGGUCUUUCACUGCAGACCAAUCAGAUUCUCCUGCGAGGUCUGCUGACACGGACAGGAAGUAGCUCACAGACCAAUCAGAAGAUAGUUCAGUACAUCAAGAAGAAGCUCAGUGAGAAUGUGUCUGCAGAGAGAAGCAUCAAUCUGUUCCACUGUCUGAAUGAACUGAAUGAUCGUUCUCUAGUGGAGGAGAUCCAACAGUUCCUGAGAUCAGGAAGUCUCUCCACACAUUAUCUGUCUCCUGCUCAGUGGUCAGCUCUGGUCUUCAUCUUACUGUCAUCAGAAAACGAUCUGGAUGUGUUUGACCUGAAGAAAUACUCUGCUUCAGAGGAGGCUCUUCUGAGGCUGCUGCCAGUGGUCAAAGCCUCCAACAAAGCUCUGCUGACUGACUGUAACCUCUCAGAGAGAAGCUGUGCAGCUCUGUCCUCAGUUCUCAGCUCCCAGUCCUCUAGUCUGAGAGAUCUGGACCUGAGUAACAACAACCUGCAGGAUUCAGGAGUGAAGCAGCUUUCUGCUGGACUGGAGAGUCCACAAUGUGGACUGGAAACUCUCAGACUGACUGACUGUAACCUCUCAGAGAGAAGCUGUGCAGCUCUGUCCUCAGUUCUCAGCUCCCAGUCUUCUAGUCUGAGAGAUCUGGACCUGAGUAACAACAACCUGCAGGAUUCAGGAGUGAAGCAGCUUUCUGCUGGACUGGAGAGUCCACACUGCGGACUGGAAACUCUCAGUGUGUCAGGAUGUCUGAUCACAGAGGAAGGCUGUGCUUCUCUGGCCUCAGCUCUGAGGUCCAACCCCUCCCAUCUGAGAGAGCUGGACCUGAGAUACAAUCAUCCAGGAGACUCAGGAGAGAAGAUCCUGUCUGCUGGACUGGAGGAUCCACACUGGAGACUGGACACUCUCAGCCUGCAGCCUGCUGGAGUCCGAUGGUUGACACCAGGUCUGAGGAAGUAUUUCUGUGAACUGGAACUGGAUCCAAACACAGCAAACAGAAAACUCAAACUGUCUGAUAACAACAGGAAGGUGACACAUGUGGAGGAGGAUCAGUCAUAUCCUGAUCAUCCAGACAGAUUUGACUCCUGGCCUCAGCUGCUGUGUAGAAAUGAUCUGACUGGUCGCUGUUACUGGGAGGUCGAGUACAGAGGAAAUGUUUCUAUAUCAGUGAGUUACAGAAGAAUCAGCAGGAAAGGAUACAGUUAUGACUGUAGGUUUGGAGGGAACGAUCAGUCCUGGUGUCUGCAGUGCUCUGAUGGUGAUUACUCUGUCUGUCACAAUAAGAGAAAAACAUCCAUCUCCUCCUCCUCCUCGUCCUCGUCCUCGUCCUCCUCCUCCUCCUCCUCCUCCUCCUCCUCCUCCUCUGUCUCUAACAGAGUAGCAGUGUAUGUGGACUGUCCUGCUGGCACUCUGUCCUUCUACAGAGUCUCCUCUGACACACUGAUCCACCUCCACACCUUCAACACCACAUUCACUGAACCUCUGUGUGCUGGGUUUGGAGUCUGGUCUGGGUCUGGUUCCUCAGUGUCUCUGGCUCGCGGACGCGUCUCGCGGCUGCAGAUGCUGAAGAGAAGCGGAUCAGAACGGAAACUCACCGACUCACCGAACCCGGUAAGUAAGCUCCGGUCUCUGCCCGCCCGGUUAACGGGAGGUUAA